UGGCAUCCAUCCAGACGCCCAACGUCCUUUCUUCUCUCUUCCCGCGCCGCGCAAACAUCACAGCCUAUUCGUGUAUCCUUGUACGACCGCACAUGGAGUACCCAACGCGUGCCAUGUAUUGCGCCCCGCACGUCGACCUCAUUUAUUAGCUCUUUUUUUUUUUGUUGGGCUUGUCUUUGUGCUUUUUUGUUGUCCCGUCUCUGCUUUGCCUUGCCUUGCCUUGCUUCGCAUUGCUUGCGUGCAUAGCGACUACUCUAUAUACACGACCCAGCUUUGCUCUCUUGUGGGCGGCAGGCAACAUUACAACAAUAUAGGCACUACCAGGCCAUGACCCCCUCCACCACCACCUCUUCGUCCGCCGCCGCCGCCGCUAUCACGACAGACGCCCCGGAGCAGCCCGGCGUGCGUGUCCCCUGGACCCGGCUCCGCGCCUGGAUCGACGCCCACGAGGCCCACGAGAAGGAGCACGCCGCGCCCGCGCCGCUGACGCAGGUCCAGCUCGAGGCGCUGUCGCUGCUCGUCUCCUUUGGCGAGGAGCCCGACGUGGGCGGACACAGGCAUGUCAGCGAGCUGAUGGAGACGCUCCAGGCGCGACAGCUGCCCCUGCCCGUCUUCGAGAGCCUGCCCGUCAACCUGCCCGUCAACGGCCACAUCCAGCUCAUGUGGCGAUGCCUCUGCACCACCACGGCCUUUGGCUCCUUUCCUCGCCGCGGACACGGCCUCGACGAUGACGAGCAGCCACCAGCGUUUCAGUCCAAAAAGAACGCGAAGCAGUAUGCUGCUAAGCUGGCGAUGCAGUACAUCAGACGAGAGACGAGCUCGGCCGUGUCCGUUUCGUCCACACACUCUGCCGCUGCUGCUGCCGCCGCCGCUACUACUACUGCUCUUCCUACUCCUGCUGCUUCCAUCCACACAUCUUCUCUGGCUCCUCCUGGUCCGACAACAGCUAAGCGGAAAGCGGCGGCGACCUCCCGCUCGCCAACUCCGUCCUCUACGCCCAACCCGUCCGCCCACAAACCGAAACGAGACGAGUCCCUCCCGCCGCAACCGCCCACGCAGCACCGCGCCAUCGUCGGCCCAGACAACUGCGGUGGCGGCGGCGACAACGACGACGACGGCGACGAGGUGGCGGCCUGCUCCCCGUUCGCGGCCGCCUCCGACUCCGUCUUCAAGCAGGUGGCCGACCUCGCGGCGCGGCUGGGCCUCGACGCGCCCGCGUACCGCAUCGAGCCGGACCCGCACAUGCCCAACUUCUUCGACGGGCGCGCCGUCUUCCGCAGCGGCGGCCGCACGCCGCCCGGGGGCGUCGGCGCCGUCACCGCCGUGCUGGGCAAGAAGCAGGCCCGUGUCCAGGUCGCCGAGGGCGUGCUCGAGUGGCUGCGCGGGGAGCAACGCGCGAGGGACGCCAUGGUGCAGAGCCUAUGGGGGCCGGCGGGCUCGUGACGUGAGCGAGUGUGCAAUACCUCUGUGUACUUGCGUGUGUAGGUGGUGUAUGUGUGCGUGCAUGUGCGCGCUCUGGUUAAGCCGGCGGGGGGGUUCGGCGGCGACGG